ACCGAAUUUGCAGGCCAGUGGCUCAGUUGAGAAAUCUAAGGCACAAGCAGCCACAUCCAGGCAGUGGCGCCGGGUCAUUACCCACCGGCCCUCUGCGGAGGAGCGCAUGCGUGGGAGAGCACUGCGCAGGCGCACUGCAGAGCAUCCAGGCCAACCCGAGAGAGCUGAGAGGAGAUGGCCGGCCGGGCUGGCGCUUCCGAGGCGGAUGCUGCGGGAACCCAAGAGCGGGCCCAGAAGUCUGCAGGGCAGGACAUGUCCUCACAGAAAAUUGAAGACUUGAUGGAAAUGGUGAAAAAGCUGCAGAAAGCAGGAAACCUAGAGCCCCGUGUUGAGGUCCUGAUUAACCAGAUUAAUGAAGUUCAGCAAGCAAAGAAGAAAGCAAAUGCAGAGCUAGGAGAAGCUCGGACCAUCUGGGAGGCCCUGCAGAAGGAACUUGACUCACUGCGUGGAGAGAAAGUACGACUGAAGGAGAUCUUGAACAAAAAACAAGAGACCCUGAGGAUCCUCCAGCUGCACUGCCAGGAGAAGGAAAGUGAGGCACAGAGGAAGCACACUAUGUUGCAGGAAUGUAAGGAGAGGAUUUCUACCUUGAACACCCAGAUUGAGGAGGAGAAGAACAAACAGAGGCGGCUGAGGUUGGAUUUUGAGGAACAGCUGGAAGAUCUGAUGGGCCAACACAAGGACCUCUGGGAAUUCCAUAAGCCAGAGCAGCUGGCAAGGGAGAUGUGUGCCCUGGAGAACAGUAAGGAACAGCUGCUCGAGGAAGAGAAGCUGGUCGAGGCAAAGCUGGAGGAUGUGAAGCAUCAACUAUACUCCCUGUGUGGGGCCAAAGGCCCCUCUGUCAUCACUGAGGGGCUCUUCCUUCGCAGUCAGGAGGCUGCAGCAGCAGCGCAGCUGUUCCAGGAGGAGAACAAGAAGGCUGAGGAACUCUUAGCAGCAGCUUCCCAGCACCACCAGCAGCUGCAGCACCGGUGCCAGGAGCUGCAGCAGAAGCGGGAGAGACUGAAGGAAGAGCUGGAAAAGCACGGGGUGCGGGUCCUUGCCCAAAUCCAAAGCACUCAGGAAGAAGGGACUGGCCCCAGAGAGGCCAGUCCAAAGCCCCUAAGAGUCCAUGAGGAAAAAGAAGUAGAGCCAUCCACCGAACACAGCCUGGUUCCCUCUUAGGCCACAAGUACACACUGUACCCUCAACCUCAUCCCAAGGGGUUCCAGGAAAUAAAUGCACUAUU